UGACGAUACACCUGAAGGGAGAAGUGUCAACACUCGGGGUUGCAAAAUUUGCCUGCCAUGCAUGAUACCUUUCUUUAAGAGAAGCAUACGAAGGAUGACACAUAACGCUUCUACAAACGUGGCAGCAUACUAGUUGGUUUAAAGUACAUUGCUUUCUUUCGGGCUGCAUCGCACAUGUUCUUACAAAUUGACCCUAUAUUAAAACUUGCAAACAUCACCGAUCGGCCACACGCUCUGUCUUUUGAGUUGCACGAUCUUGCGAUAAGCCAUGGCGAAAGGAAAAGCUGAAUUUCUUACUCCAAAGGCUAUAUCGAACCGAAUUAAGUCAAAAGGUCUUCAGAAGUUGCGUUGGUAUUGUCAGAUGUGUCAAAAACAAUGCCGGGAUGAGAACGGUUACAAAUGUCACACCAUGUCUGAGUCCCACCAUCGGCAAAUGAAGCUGUUCGCAGAGAAUGGCAGCAAGUUUAUAAGUAGCUUUUCUUCGGAGUUUCUUAAGGGUUAUCUCGACAUCUUGCGGCGCCAGUUCGGAGGGAAACGCGUUCAUUCGAACGUUGUUUAUCAGGAGUAUAUCAAAGAUAAGGAGCACAUCCACAUGAAUGCUACUCGUUGGCAUACACUAACUGGACUUUGUAUGUGGCUAGGGAAACAAGGCAUCUGCAAGGUAGACGAAACCGAAAAGGGGUGGUUUAUAGAGUAUAUUGACCGCGACCCCGAAAAGAUGAUGAAACAAGAGACAAGCGAACGACUAGAAAAGACGGAAGAUGAGAUUAACCGCCUCUUUUUGGAGCGUCAGAUCGUGCACAACCUGGAGAAGACUGAAACGAUUGAAGGACCGACUUUCACUCCUCUGGUUCGACCAGCAGACGAGCCAAUACGCUUAAAUUUGAGUUUUGGCUCCAAGAAAUCCGGAGAACACACAGAGGCUUCUGUUUCCCCUCUUGCUGCAUCUGUCGUAGCUACUCCCGAAGGCAAAACCGCUCCUACGAAGCUCAUGUCGUUUGGACCUAAGAAAACAAAACCCGUGAAUCCAUUGCUAGCUGCGGAGCAGAAAGCUCGUGAAGAACGAGGGAAAGUUUCCGAAAAACCGAAGAUGGACAAUCGACCUCAAUCUACAGCUGGUUGUCGUCGCAAAGCCCUAGAUGAGCUCAUGGAAAAGGAAGAAGCACUGAAAGAUAAACGAAACAGGAAGGAUUACUGGAUGUCUGAAGGACUUGAGGUUAAGUUGGUCUAUCGAAAACUACCCGAUGGCAUCCGUCUGCGUCACGCGGUCGUUGAAAAAAUGUUGGACAAUUACACAGCCAUUGUCCGCGUUCUGAAGGACGGCACCAGGAUAAAGGUUGAUCAAGAUCACGUACAAACUGUUAUUCCACCUACAUCGUCGACACUGCUGGUUGUUAACGGCGCUUACCGUGGAGAAUAUGCCACUCUAGAAGAGGUUGACAAAGAACAGGGGAUUUGUAGCAUCACGAUUGCCACGGGCCUAUGCAUGGGGCGGCUCAUCAAGCGAAUAUCCCUGGAAGAUGUGUGUAAAUUGGCUCAGAGAGGAGUUUGACCACCAUAUCACAUUGUGCUGCGCAUUCAAAAACUGUACAUCUUCCUAAAAUUACAAAAAUGUACAAAUUUUCAAAAUAUAGUCUAAAAUAUCA